AUGAAGCUCAAAACCGCUUUCCUUGUCCUGCCCUCCGUCGUCUCCGGAGAGAUGAUGUCGGAGGGCUACCGAGGAUACGGCCUCAUCGGACAUGGAAUAUCUAUGUACUACCCAACAUGUGCAUACGCAUGUUACGGUAUCCUGAAAGGGUACCAGCUCAAAUGCUCUGACGGGCCGACGACAUCCCCGGAGUGCUAUACCACCGACGACAAUUUCCUCCAGAGUCUCGCCUACUGUAUCCAUACGCAUUGCGCCGGUGUCCCGAUCUCCGACAUCGAGGCUUACUGGGCAGCCUAUAUUCCUGGCCGCUUGCCGGGCCAGCCCAGCCCAAAGGAGCCGUAUAGCGUAGCCUUGCUCCAUGCCGACCCACCACCGGACCGGGUCAUCGAAUCUGGGGAGCUUCUCAACACCACUACCUUGGUCGACGAGGAUCAGUAUUUGGCAGCCUACAAUAGCAACUCGUAUUACGAACAGAUGGAAGCCAGGCAGAGCGACUUCGGAUUAGUAGCUUUAGCCACCGGGGCUGUUAUACCGAUACUGCUUUCCCUACUUCGCUUCGUACCGUUUCCGAAGACUAUCGUCAGCCGAUUCUAUGCCUACGUUAUCGACCCGCCCCUGUUCUGCCACCGACAUCGAGAACCAGUCUUGGGCCUCUUCAUCAUGCCAACUCGAGGCCAGGCGCUGUUCAUAGCGUAUUUCAUCAUUCUCAACGUUGUGCUGUCGUGCGUAGACUACCGCUUAGUGAUCCCCAACUUCUGGUUUCCGUCGGAGCACGACCAGCUGGUAUUCUAUAUUGCCAACCGCACCGCUGUCCUGGCCUUCGCGAACUUGCCACUCCUAGUACUCUACUCCAGCCGCAACAACUUCCUGCUGUGGCUUACGAAUUGGUCUCACACCACGUUUCUCCUGAUCCAUCGCUGGAUCGCUAUCAUCUGCACCCUCGAAGCGUGUGUGCACUCGUUAGUGUACCUGCGCAUCUACGUCGCCCGCGGUGAGUAUGAGUACGCGAGCGCCUUCGAGUAUUGGAAGUGGGGGAUCGCAGCGACCGUCGUAAUGUGUGCCAUACUCCUUUCCAGCAUUUUGCCGCUGCGCCAGAAGCUGUACGAGCUCUUCCUCGCGACCCACUUCGUCCUUGCCCUCCUGGCGCUCCUCGCCUGCUACCAUCACAUCUACUUCCGGUACGAAAACCAGUGGGGCUACGAGACGUGGAUAUACGUCGCAUUCGGCGUGUGGGCGUUCGACCGCGUCGCCCGCGUCGCGCGAAUGGCUCGCAACGGCGUCCGGACCGCCUACGUCACCGUCCUCGACGACGACUACGUGCGCGUCGACGUGCCCGGCCUCGCGGUCGCCUACGGGCACGCGUACCUCUACUUCCCGACCCUAACCUGGCGCGUGUGGGAGAACCACCCCUUCUCCGUCAUGGCUACUCCGGCGCCGUCGCUAGCUCCCUCCAUCUCGGUCGUCGCCGCCGACGAGAAACCCAAAUUCAACGCUUCUUCGACCUCGUCGUCCUCUCCCGAACUGGCGCCAGCCGUCAUCCCCGAGCCAUUCCCAUCCUACCCCGAGCCAACUAAAUCCUACCCCGAGGUAUCUUCCUCCUCCUCCUCCUCCUCCUCCUCCUCCCCCUCCUCUUACACGCCGGGCCUCACCUUCUUCAUCCGCACCGAGACCGGCCUCACGGCCUCCCUGCGCAAGCUCUGCCCGGGAUCGGCGUCGCCGUCCGCGCCCGCGCCCGUGGCCGUGCUCGUCGAGGCGUCGUACGGGACGUCGUCGCUGCUCGAGCAGCUGCGCACGGCGCCGGCGCAGAAGUGCGUCGCGAUCGCGGGGGGCGCGGGCAUCGCGGGCGUGGCGCCGCUGCUGCGCCGCGCGCUGGCCGCGCCGCGCGACGGCGACACCGUGGCCGGGCCCGCGCGCGCGCGCCUGUUCUGGGGCGUGCGCAGCCCGGCGCUCGCGCGCUCGGCGCUCGGCGCCAGCGGCGUCGCGGCUGUGCACGCCGCCGGCGGCGAGGUCGCCGUCGGCCGCCGCCUCGACCUGCGCGCCAUCCUCGAGCGCGAGGUCCCCGUCGGCCCUUCCCCCGCCGCCCCCGAGCACGAGCACGUCACCGUCGUCGUCUGCGGCCCCGACCCCAUGGCCGACGAGGUCCGCGAGCUCGUCCGCGAGAGGGCCCUGCGCGGCGCCUCCGUCAGGCUGCUCGACGAGGCGUACAGCUGGUAGGCGGCCGGAGCUGCGUGGCGAGCUGGAUGUGAGGAGGCGGGAGUGCGCGCGGUCUUGUGAUGAACGA